UUUUUACGCUUCUGCCCCACCAUGAGGUCAUUUUGAUUUUCCUUCGUGAGGUCCAUCGUCGGGGUCUGGGGAUCGUUAAUGGGAGUAGUACGUAUAUAGUUAAUUCUAAGGUAGAAUAAGCCACGAGGCGAGCGUCCGAGUGAGUAAAUCUGACAAUGCGCCAUCCGAAUGAUGCGGAACAUUAUUUGCGUAUCUCUAUUAAACGGUGCUUCGAUUUCAUAGUAGUGGGAAGUGACGCGGAGAUCGCGGAUGGUUGGUUGAUGCUGAGGGAAUUGCGCGAUGAUCAGGCGUUUAAUCAAGUGCUGAAUUUCGAGGAUAUUCUGAGAGAUAUCCUGCACAGCCAGAUACUGAACAUCUCGGAGGUGCCGAAAAUCAUGGCGUGGAUCUUGCCGCACGUGGAGGAGAAGUCGGACACCGACAACGCCGACCCGAUUUCCAAGGACGUCGCCGCGCUGCUGCAGAAGACUGACAUCAGAGACAUGUCGCACUUGGCUGCGCUUCUCAAGACGAUGAUGGAUAACACGGUGUAUCUGCCGGAGUCAGCCGAUCAUACGGCGCUCUGCGAAGCUGUAAUUGUGAGGCUGUCGUCCUUCCAGUUGCCUCCCGAGCCUAAGAAGAUUCAUGAGUUUUACGACAACACCACCAAGAUCCAAAACUUCCUGGAAACGGUCUGUAGGAACGCCAAGAACAGCGGUCACGAUCUCUUAUUCAUCUGCCUCCAAACUCUGUAUCAUAUAAUAUCAGACAGGAAGAGGAAACAGGAACCAGGCCCAGGGUUAGUUGUGAUAUUGCGUCUGGUGGAAAUUAGCUUUAUCCCGCAGGCAGUGGAAUGGAUUCUGUCGCAAUCGCAGUCAAAUUAUGAAUUAGUGCAAGCUUUAACGGUUUUAUGUAAUUGGCUUCCAAAGUGGCGUGACAAAAAACUCAGUUGUUGGGUGAUGGAGUUCAUACUUGGCUUGGAGAAGCAAGAGAAAUAUUCUGUUCUCCUGGAGGUCGUGGAGUCAUCGUUAGAUAUAUUGAAUCUGAUGUGCAAAGUAUUGUUAGUACCAGUGAUCCGUCAUACUUCUUCUUUCAUAAUAUAUCACAUUCUGAGGAAGCUUAGCUCCGAGGAGGUCAUACAAAAAUUGAUUAAAGCUGUGCCUACAUUGAUAACUAGUUUGAUGAAAGAAGAUUCAGAAUCCAGCAGGGAAUGCAUACAACACUUGGUUGAUAUUGUGAGAUUAGCCAGUAUGAGAUUCCCAGCUUAUCGUCUACCUGAUAGCAUGGAGAAAACUUUUCCUGUUUCACCACGUAUUCACGUUAUCAAGGAAUAUUAUCAUGAACCGUUAUGGAUAGCCGAGACAUGCACGAUAGAGCCAAUUCUUGAGCCAGAGGGACAGUUAUCUGGGAAAGUUGGACUUCAAAAUCUUGGAAAUACAUGCUACAUGAAUAGCGUGUUGCAAGCCUUAUUGAUGACUCGACAGUUUUGCUACGAAGUGUUAAAUUGCUCGGUGAACCAAAUGGGAGGAAUGCCUUUAUUGAGAAAACUACAGGAUUUGUUUGCAUUAUUGUUAUACUCCAAGAGGAUGUACCUGUCGCCAAAUGAGAUAUUCGAAGCAUCGCGACCUUCCUAUUUUCUACCUGGACAGCAACAGGAUAGUUCAGAAUUUCUAUGUCAUCUUCUGGAUGUUUUACACGAGCAUGAAAAAGCUGUUAAUACGACCUGCGUGAGAAAUGAUUCCACAGGCGGUAUUAAAUCUAAAACCGAGAUGCAAGAGAACAGAGUAAUGUCUUCGACAAACUCUACAGAGGGCACAAUCAAGCGUUGGAUAACUGAAGAAGAUCUAACUGAAGGCUUGGUUUUCCGACGGAAAACGCAAUCACUAGCGGACUUCCCACAAGGUGAAGAUCUGAUACAAGCGGAACGGCUCAGCGAUUACCACUCGGAUUCCACCGACAGUGGUAUACAAUCCGUAGGUGGUGAAGAAUCAAUUCCAUCCAUGUCUCUUGUGCAUAGGGUAUUGGGCGGCGAGUCUAAGAUCACUUACCAGUGCGCCCAGUGCAACACCAGUUCACACAACACGGACAAGUUCCGCGACCUGCAGCUGUGUUUUCCUGAGGAGAUACAAGAGAACCAAGAGGUCUCGGUUCAAGAUCUCAUCAACUACUAUCUCGCGCCGGAGAAACUCACGGGCGAGAACAAGUAUCGCUGCGACAGAUGUAUGAAGCUGUGCGACGCACACAGGAUCAUCACGAUCUUACAGGCUCCUGCACACCUGAUUCUGUCGUUGAAACACUUUCGAUACGACUUUGACAGUCGGCUCAGGACGAAAUUGCGACACAAGGUGGUUUACAAUGACGUCAUAAAAUUGCCGGUGUCUACGGUGCCAAGCUCGGUCGCUGAAACGUAUCACCUGUAUGCCGCUGUAGUGCAUUCCGGUUAUAACAUGGAUUAUGGACACUAUUUCACAUACGCCUGUGACUCCGCGAAGCAAAAUUGGUAUAAAUUCAACGACAGCUUCGUGUCGCGGACUACUUUCGAGGAGUUCAAGAACUUGAAGCCACCGGACACGCCCUAUAUACUGUUUUACGAGAAAUCGGGAGCUCUCGAUGGAAUGUACGAGGACGACAGGCCCGAAUUAUCGACCUUGAGCAAACAUUUGCAGGAAUUGAUAGCGGACGACACGACGACAUAUAUAGAGGAGCUGAAGCAACAGGCGACGUUGUCCCUGUCCGGACGGCAUUCGCGAUCGGUUCUGAAACGAUACGACAAUCCCGACGAUGAGAACCCGCCGUCCAGCAGCUGUCGCGGCGCGAUCGAUAUCCCGGCGAAUCGUUUUCUAUAUUAAUAAAAGCGUGGUAAUCGCGCGAACUGCGACGAGUCUCUUCGGCUGCCGACUGCAGGCUUCGUAUUUACUGUACAAAUAUAUUACUUCAUAAAUACAGAGAACAGCCACAAUUACGUGAUUGUUGAGGCACGUCUUACGGGAUUGUGCAUCAUAUCGUUGCGGAAAAUUUCCAUAAGAGCUAAUUAAUGUUAUACUCGUGAAGGGAAACGUGCGUACAUCGCAUGCUAUUACUGUCGACGAUAGUUACGGUAUACAGGAAACUAACAGCAACUACACAAAACGAAAAUAACCAAUUUACUCUUGUACAUAAUGUAUAAACGAAUACACAGGAGUGAUGGUUAAGAAUAGGCAUAAUAUAUGCGUGUUUAUGCAUGUAUAUGAGACGUGAAAUGCUCGUUAUGGCUAUGAAACGAAUCGAUUUUUCAUUUUAUUAGUCGAUGAUAAUAUAUUAAUGUGUUCAAUGUGUAUUCUUAAAAUUAUGCGGGAAUGUGAAGAGAGUUACAUAUACAUGCAGAAAUAAAAAGAAAAUAACUAUUAGAGCUCUAUUUACUCCGUCGCAAUUUUAUGAAGUUUUAUAUUAACUAUGUGGUAUUAAAUUAUAUAUUUCUUUUAACAUCUUACUUUCUAUUUUCACUUCGCCGAUGUAUCACUUCGCUGAUGUAUUAUUUAGACACCUGCAGUUUUCUCGCGCGCUGUUGUAUUAAUUAGGAGUAAUUGUUUAUACGAAUACGACAUCACAUCUUUAUAAUUAGUUAAUUCGGAGUGAUACACUCAUUCUAUUUUUCGACGGAACUGUUUACUUGGCACUUCCGAUGACUGUUAUUCGAACAACAGUCACUCUAUUUUUUGAGUGUCUUGUAAAACAAAACGAAAAUAGUUUUGCCAUCAUCGAUUGUUUUCUCUUUGGGAAAGAUAUUUUUUUUCUGCUGUAGGUAUAUUUAUUUAAGCAAAGCAACUGUCCCUUUGAAUAACGUUUGAAACGUCGAUCUAUCGUCAAGAAUGAGCAAAUUGAAUGCGUCUCGCACAUUCGAUGUGUAUAAAAUGUUACAAGGUUAUUAUUGACAACACCGUAAGUUUUCGGGUGAGUUUUAAUCAAUAAAUAUUUAUUACGCCGUAAAAAGCAGCAGUAAGGAGCCUUAGUAUUUUGGUCGAUAGUCUUGUAACAUUAUCUACGAGUUAUAGACGUAACUUCUUGUCAGUAGACAUUACGUAACCAGUUCUACAGUGUAUUGUUGACGUGUUAGUGAAUGGAUUCACAAUUGUUAAUGAAAACAUUAACCGAGAGACGAUAUGUAGUUUGAACUUUUGCAGCGGAGAAAUUUUGUAACGUACUACGUCAUAAAUAUCGCAUAUUUAUUGAAACGAAAAGUAAAGCCGCGUUAUCCGUGGAAUGCUUGCGUAAAGUUACCAGGGCAGUAAAUUGUUACGAAAGUAUUGAGGGUAUUGAGAGAAUACACGAUAGGUAUGACUUGGCCGGCUGUGGUUUCAUAUAAAUUGUAUGUACGUGUAUUUUGUUUUGCUUUACUAUGGAGCAGUGUUCAAUGAGUACAAGACACGCUGUUUAAUUUAUAACUGUUGCAAUUGCGGCUGUUCACAAUAUUGGUUCCGAGUACCUUAUCAAGCGCGUCUUGACGUGAGAACUCGAAAAUAAUGUAUAAUUUGAAGUUGUAUAGCUGGGUAACAAAUACACACACAUAUUAUAUAUAUAUACAUAUACAUACGCAUAUAUAAGCACACACACAUAAACGUAUGCGUUUUUACGAUAUAUGUGAUGUCCGUAUAAAAAUGUGCCACAUCAAGCUUUUAUUUAUUAACGCGACAUUCAACGUUGUUCACACAGUCGAUUCUUUUUGCGACGUUAUGAUUCUCUUUCUGUUGUUUUUUUUCUUUUUCGAUUAACGAAGAGUCUAUUUUCUGAGGUAACAGUCGGACGCUCUUCGUACUCACGUUAGUGCUCAUGUAAAAUUUAUAUAUAGCAAAAUACUGUGCGCUUUGGAAUUACGAAAAUUGAAAAAACAAAGUUGUUAUCGCUGUAAAUAGUUUAUUUUAACGAUAGGAUUGCCGCGACGCACCUACGUACUCCAAACACUUCGUAAAUCUGUGAUAACUUUAUACUGUCGAAUUGACAAUAUAUAAAUAUAUACAUAUAUAUAUAUAAAUAUAA